AUGUUGCCCACUCCUCCUGCCUCGCCGACCCCUGGUGGAUACGCGCCGCAGCACCGCCUGGGCCAGAUUCUCGCCGGCCGCCUGCAAUUGGUCGGCAUCCUCGGCGAGGGUGCUUACGGAACCGUCUAUCGGGCCGUCGACAUCCACUCCCACGUCCAGUACGCAGUCAAGGCCCUGAACAAGCUCAACCUCGAGCCCCGCCAGCGGAAGUUCCAGCAGCGCGAGAUCCAGCUCCACCACCUGGCCAGCUCCCACCCCAAUGUCGUCUCCCUGGUCAAGAUUAUGGACUCCCCGGAAUGCACCUUUGUGGUUCUUGAGUACUGCCCGGAUGGCGACCUCUUCUCCAACAUCACCGAGCGGGGAAGAUACGCUCGCGAUGAUGAGCUCGCCAGGAGAGCCUUCCUUCAGAUUUUGGAUGCCGUGGACUACUGCCAUUCCCUCGGAAUCUACCACAGGGACCUCAAGCCCGAGAAUAUCCUGGUCACGGACAACGGUAACACUGUCAAGCUCGCUGACUUUGGCCUGGCCACCUCGGAUGCCAUCACCUCGGACUUUGGAUGCGGUUCCACCUUUUACAUGUCGCCAGAAUGCCAGCAGUUGAACCCCAAGGCCUACGCCUGCUACGCCUCGGCGCCCAAUGACGUCUGGUCCCUGGGCGUUAUUCUGGUGAACCUCACUUGCGGCCGUAACCCGUGGAAGAAGGCGUCCCUCGAUGACUCCACUUUCCGUGCUUUCAUGAAGGACCCUAGCUUCCUCAGGUCCAUCCUGCCCAUUUCCCUUGAGCUGGACUCGGUCCUGCGGAGAAUCUUCGACCCCAACCCCAACACGAGGAUCUCUCUGGACCACCUGAGGGAAGCCAUCCUGCGCUGCCCGACGUUCACCAAGCCGGCCAACCCGCCCACCUACGCUCCUGCUCCUCUUCCGUCUCCCCCACUCCAGGCUUACGACCAGUGCAACCCGGUCUACCCUGCAGUGGCUCCUAUGCCCCAGUACCUGCCCAACUUUGUUCCCCAGCUUUCCGGCUCGUCUGGCAGCUCAGGAUCCGAUUCGGGCUCCGUUUUCUCUCACACUUCUUCCAAUUCCUCGGCCUCUUCGACAUCAUCCAUUACGCACGUCAACAGCGUGUCUGCUCCCGCGGACAUUGCGGUUCAGCAUUCAUACGUUUCUCCCGGCAACGGUUGGAUUAGCCCUUUCUUCCAGCCCUUCCACCACGCCCAGAUGGCGGUCAAGCAGUUUUCCAACUUCGUUGCGCGGCCACAAGGAUUCACGAGGCCCCUGGUUGCCCACUAG